AAUAUCUCAAUAAAAGCAGGUCUGGUCAAAAACCCUAGAAAUCAAUAACGCAGAGAACGUAGCCAGAUUUCUCUUCACGCGAACUCUCAUCAGAUACUCGUCACCCGCACAGAUUUUGUUCCCACCAAAUAUUUACCCAUUCAUUAGAUCAAGUAACAGGAUAUCAAUUCAGUUCUUCUAAUGGCCGGUCAGAGGAACACUUAUGGCAAGAGAACCCAUUCUCAGUCUGACUAUUCAGACAACGGAGGGAGUAAAAGGAGGAAUCCUGGUGAUGAUAGAGAUCAAUUUGUUAUUGAUUCAGAAGAUACUGUUUACCGGUACUUGUGCCCUGUAAGAAAGAUUGGAAGUGUUAUUGGUAGGGGAGGAGAAAUUGUCAAGCAGUUGAGGGCGGACACUAAAUCAAAGAUUAGGAUUGGUGAGACAGUGCCGGGAUGUGAUGAGCGUGUUGUUACUAUCUACAGCUCCAGUGACGAGACUAAUGCCUUUGAAGACACUGGUAAUCAUGUUUGUCCGGCACAGGAAGCUCUUUUCAAGGUACAUGAUAGAGUUGUUGCUGAAGAUUUGCAUGAUGAUGAGGACUCUGAUGGAGGUCACCAAGUUACUGCUCGGCUUCUUGUUCCAUCUGAUCAGAUUGGCUGUGUCAUUGGAAAAGGCGGACAGAUUGUUCAGAAUAUUCGUGGUGAGACUGGAGCCCAAAUUCGCAUUCUUAAGGAUGAACAUUUGCCUCCUUGUGCCUUGAGCUCUGAUGAGCUCGUACAGAUAUCUGGGGAAGCCUCUGUUGUGAAGAAGGCUCUGCAUCAAAUCGCAUCUCGCCUGCAUGAUAAUCCAUCACGAUCUCAGCACUUGCUUACUUCUGCUAUGUCCAAUGUGUAUGCAUCUGGUGGUUCGUUAAUGGGUCCAAGUGCUGGUGCCCCAAUUGUGGGCAUAGCGCCGCUGAUGGGUCCUUAUGGAGGAUACAAGGGUGAUACUGGAGACUGGUCGCGCUCCUUAUACUCGGCUCCAAGGGAUGAAGCAUCUUCAAAAGAAUUUUCUCUUCGUCUAGUUUGUCCCACUGGCAACAUUGGAGGUGUGAUUGGCAAGGGUGGUGUCAUAAUCAAUCAGAUCAGACAGGAGUCUGGGGCAGUCAUUAAAGUUGAUAGUUCCACUGCUGAAGGAGAUGACUGCUUAAUAACUAUCUCGGCAAAGGAGUUCUUCGAAGAAACGUAUUCUCCCACCAUACAAGCAGCUGUGCGCUUGCAACCCAGGUGCAGCGAGAAAGUUGAAAGAGAUUCAGGAGCUGUCUCAUUCACAACCCGCUUACUUGUCCCGACUUCACGAAUUGGCUGCCUUAUUGGUAAAGGAGGAUCUAUUGUAACAGAGAUGAGGAGACUUACCAAAGCUAAUAUUCGCAUACUCUCAAAGGAGAACCUUCCCAAGGUUGCAUCUGAAGAUGAUGAGAUGGUGCAGAUUUCUGGAGACCUAGAUAUUGCCAAGGAUGCUCUUAUACAAGUAGUUACACGAUUGAGAGCUAAUGUUUUUGAUAGAGAGGGUGCAGUGUCUGCAUUCCUUCCUGUUCUGCCUUAUCUGCCUGUGUCAACAGAAGGUUCCGAUGGUAUAAAUUAUGAGAAUAGAGAUAGUAAAAGACAUGGACGUGGACAUUCUUAUUCUGGUGGUUAUGGUGGCUCGGGUGACUUGGCAGCUGCUGACAGUUAUGGAGGUUAUGGUGGCUCACAGAUUGGAGGUAGUGGCAGUGCUUAUGGAGCUUAUGGCAGUUAUUCUUCAGGGCGUACUGGUAGCUCUGGUGGAAAGAAUGCUUGAGGUUGGCAGCCAGUAUAAAUCCUCCGUUUUCUUUUACCUUUCUGAAUAUGAAUCCAUAAAGUUUCUUUUUACAUGUCCUAUAAUGCAAAAUGAAUGUCUGUUUUAGACUCUUUUGUAUGUGUGCUGGAAGUUUCUAGUGUUGAUUUGUAUGGUCAUUGUUUUCGAUUGUCCUUUCUGAAGCUCCUAGAGUCUGAUAUUACCUUUGUUACCAGGUUGUCAGGCCAGACCCCUGUUUCUCGUCGGAGAAACUAUGGUUACUAGUGUUUGUUGGUUGGUGCCUGCAGGUAGUGUCUGGUUUUCAUUCAUCCUUUUCCUUGUCUGUUAAUAUAACCGGCUAUUUCCUCUAACAUUAGCCCAGUCGCAUAUUAAUGACAGUUUGAUAUCAUAACCUGUCCAAUCUCCCUGUGUAGAAUUCUGAUGUUCUUGUUUUCCCUUUGUUGCCUUUCCCUUCCCAACGAAACAGCUGAGAUCUAUGAAGCCUGAAGCCAGCCCACUGCCUUUUUUGAUGAAGCCUACUGCCUAAACCAGAAGACCUGUUGAACCAGGGUUUGACAUACUGAUGGCCUACCUUGACGCUUCUACUUAGAGUGGAGAUCUUCUACACAUCUAGAUUUGCCACGUCCACGACUCCAAAUUUCCCAAGCUUAAUAUCUUGUGCACCCAUGAACCUAUAUAUCCGGAUUGCCGUUUUCUGUUUUUCUUUUCCAGUUCACAUUUCGGUCAACUGAAAACCUUGUUGCUCCCAGCCUCUAGUUGUUGUAUCAGUGUUGAAUUUGUUUACAUGAUAUUUCUCAGCUAUGUGUAGUCUGAUCUUUUGUUGUUCUUUUAACUUUACUGGAAUUGUGUUGAUCUUCUGAAACAUAAAAAAUAAAAAAGAGUCUAUCUUCUGAAACCAAACUGAUUAUGCUGGAAUGUAGCAGGAGCUCUCAUGUUUUCUCAAUUUCAGGAUUGAUAUUUA